CCCAUUUUUAUUUUUCACCUCUAAAUUACUAACAAUUCACUAAAAAGAAUUCGGCGGCUGGACUGUGGAGAGUCAGUUUUAUGAAAUCUCUGCUUCGUCGGAGUAUGCUCUCACCGUCAAAUGGCAACGUCGAAGCUCUGUGCUCACCUCCGGCGUCUUCGUCCCUCUCGUUUCUACUCCAACGCUUCCAUUUCUUUCCCUUCCGUCUCUCAUCUUCACGAAGCUCAUCUACUUCCGAGUUCUCAUCAUCACUCGUUCAGCCGCCCCAAGCAUUGCUUUGAUCCGCAUACAAGCUCCGUUGCUGCUCUCGGCGUGUUCUCCUCUCGGUCCUUGUGGACUCGCUCGGAAGAUGAUUCAGAGUUCGAACCAAUCGGCCAAUUCGGCGUUGAAUCCAGCCGCCUGUCGGGCGACGAGUCGGGAAUUCAGAACUUGGAACUUGGACGAGUUGUUGAGGAAGUUAUUGGUGCGACUGCUGUGGAGGAGUCCAUCCUACCGGUUCAGCAACUGGCUUCGAUGCUUGAUGGGUUCCAUCAGUAUACCGGGAUGCCCUGGUGGGCAGUUAUUGCUUCAUCAACUUUAGCUCUCAGACUUACGUUGCUGCCCUUACUCAUUGUUCAACUUAAAAAGUUGAAAAGGAUUGGAGAACUGUUUCCUAAGUUGCCACCUCCAUUGCCACCACCUCUAUCGGGACGGAGUUACAUUGACCAAAUUUCUCUUUUUCRAAAGGAAAGAAAGGCAAUUGGAUGCCCCUCAUUUUUAUGGUUCCUUGCAUACUUUUCCAUUCAGGUCCCAUGCUUUCUAUUGUGGAUGGUUACUAUCCGGAAAAUGUCACUUGAUCAUCAUCCUGGAUUUGACUGUGGUGGUGCUUUAUGGUUCCAGAAUCUGACAGAGUAUCCACAUGGAGUUUUAGGCCCCAUAUUUCCGUUUCUAAUUUCCAGCUUGCACUUCAUUAAUGUUCAGGUUUCUUUCAGAAAAUCAUCAAUUGAAAAAGCAACUGGCAUAUUUGGCAUUUUAGCAAAAUACUACAAACUCUAUUUGAAUCUACUGACUGUACCAUUAUUUUUUAUUGGUUACUGUAUUCCUCAGGGCAGUCUAAUCUAUUGGGUUACAAAUAGUUCAUUCACUGCCAUUCAGCAAUUAACCCUCCAACAUCCUGCUGUCCGCAGUAAACUGGGAUUGCCUUUGAAGGAUGCUCCUAUGGGCACCAAUAAUCCAGGAAAAGCACCGUUGGAUACACCCACCAAGUGGAAAAGAAUUUCUGUAGAGAAGUUGUCUCCUAAAGAAUUGCUUGCUUUAUCUGUCCAACUCCUAUCAAAAGGGCAAAAGGAAAGGGCUAUUCCUUUACUGAGACAGGCACUUAACAAGGAACCUGAGUAUGUUCGAGCUCUGAUUGUCAUGGGACAAACUCUGUUACAAAGUGGUCAACCUGAAGAGGCUACUGAAUACCUAGAGCGUGCAAUUUCCAAGUUAUUUCUUUCCGGUCGUCCCAUGGAAGUCGAGGGUGUAGAUCUUCUAAUUCUUGCUUCCCAAUGGGCAGGAGUUGCCAGUAUAAGGCAGGGGAAAAUGGUAGAAGGGAUUGCCCACCUGGAAAGAAUUGCAAAUAUGAAAGAGCCAGAAGAAGCAAAGAGUAAAGCCCAUUAUUACGAUGGUUUGGUUCUGCUAGCAAGUGCUCUAUACAAUGAAGGUCGCAAGGCUGAAGCUACCAAAUACUUGCAGUUAGCUGCAGCUUAUAAUCCUGCCUACAAAGAAUACUUGGAUCAAUGUGAGGAUGAUAAUGAUAAAUUAGUCAGCGAUCUCAUCAGCAGCAGGAGAGGGGAUUAUUAAUUMAAUUCCGUUCAAAACAUGGCUGCUUUGUCUUUGAUGUCAUUUAUUAAUAAUCCCACAGAGCAAAUCCACAGUUUUGGAAAGCUAUUUUAUCGGUUUUCGGUUUAUUCAAGGAUUGUCUGGACAAGGAGUUUGAGGGAAGAGUUUGGAUUUAACAUCAGAGGAAUGUCUUGAAGAAUGAAUAAACGCUGAAGCUGAUGGCAUUAUGUCUCCCAAAUUCAAUUGAUCAGCCAUCAGGUUACUCUGGUUUUGUUUACUGUUCGUUUUGAACAAGGAAAAUAGUUUGAAUAUGAUGAAAGGAAUAAGUUCAUUUUGAAGUGUUGUCAAUGUCAUUGUAGAAAACAAUGUGUUUUAUGUUAUUCUUAUUAAUGUUUUAGAUAAAA